UUUUUGACGAUACAUUUGGGAACGCAUUCUUUCUUGUGUCGAUCGCAUUUAUCUGCACUGAUCUGCACGAGGUUAUAAAUGUCAGAUUAUAAACGCAUACAAAGAUUCUCUCAAAUUCUUUCUCGCAUGGUGGAAAUUUUUCGUCCGGUUAUAUUACGUUAAAAUGCCGUUGAUAGUGAUAACUGGCAUACCGUGCAGCGGCAAAACGACGAGGAGUCUCGAGCUGAAGAAUUACUUCGAGGAAAAAUUGAAGGACAGUGGGCAACAUGUGGAGAUAAUCAACGAAAGCGACGCGAUAAAUCAAGCAGGCUAUAAUAAAAAUGUAUAUUUUGCGGAUUCGAAGAAGGAGAAGGCUGUUAGGAGCUCAAUGAAAUCUGACAUUCAACGUAAACUGAACUCAAAUGACUUGUUAAUAUUUGACUGCAGCAAUUACAUCAAGGGAUACCGAUACGAGAUUUACUGUACAACCAAAUUGUACAAGACUCCCCAAUGUACGUUACACUGCAACUUACCAAUCGAACAAGCCUGGUUAUGGAACAACAAACGAUCCGAGUCGGAUCGAUAUGAAGAAGAAAUAUUUAACGCGCUUGUAUCCAGAUACGAAGUACCAGAGGCUACAAACCGAUGGGACAGUCCACUUUUUACAGUUAUGCCAGAGGACAAUUUAAUGUACGAUGAGAUUUAUUGCUAUCUUUACAAAGGCAAAUUACCAAAACCAAAUCUGAGUACCCAGAGCCCGCCAUUAGCAUCCACAAAUUACUUGCAUGAAUUGGAUAAUGUAACGAAAGAUGUAACAAAUGCGAUACUGUCGAUGCAACAAUUGGGAACAAACUGCGAUAUAAAGAUACCAGGUUCUAGCGUGAAUUUAGAACGUGUAACCACACCGUCGAAACUUGCGAUGUUACGGAGACAGUUUCUAACUUUUAGUAAAAUGCAACAAAAUGAAGUUAAUCAAAUUGCCACGUUAUUUGUACAAUAUCUCAAUAACAAUAUAUGAUAAAGGUGAA